GCGUCCCCAGCAGAUCUAGGAGGCUCCAGGCUGCGGGAGGGCUCGGGCAGAACUGCAGAUAUUGGCAUCUGCACAAAUCCCGCGUUAGCACCUGGCUCCUUACCCGCAGAACAUCCCAGGACUCAUUGCACGCCCGGGAGUUGGCGCCGGGCCACCUGGCCGCCAGAGAGGUGUGGACCUUCAGUACGUGAAACCCGAGCCGAGCGCAGCGGCCGCGUGUCCUGCCUGGGACGCCUGGAGAGCCGCGGCGCCGGGGCCGCCCGGAGGUGGCGGGAUGAGUUUGCAAGGCGGCUGAGCGCAUGGAGGAACUGGCCCAGUCACCGCAGGGACAUGGCAUCUUGGCUCUGGAGAAGGCUGCGUGGCAAGAGGCGCUCAGCGAUGGCAUUCUGCCUCUUGAUGAUCCUGUCUGUGGUGGCUGUUAACCGCUUCCCCCCAGAGCAUCUAGCUGCUGGCCCAGACCCUGGCCCUAUGGAUCCCCAGGGGGAGACUGGCACCCCUGGGCCCCACAUUCGCCAAGCUCUGAGCUCCAGCCGGAGACAGCGAGCAAGGAACAUGGGAUUCUGGAGAGGCCGGGCUUCGCCAAGGAAUUCCAUCUUGGCCUGUGCUGAGAAGCAAGGCCACAGAGGGCAAAUGGACAGAAGGACACAGUCCCCAGAAGGGGACACCAGGCAUUUGGGGAGGGCCAAGAGGGCCAUUGCUUUGGCAAGAGAUCUGAGAGUCAGUACCCAGCAUCUUGUGCGUCUGGGGGAGCAUGAAGUCAGAGGUGCAGGAACCAAAGCCCUGGGACACCCCUGGCACAGCAGCCCCAUCAAGGAGACAUGGAGAGAGAUGGGUUUCCUGGUCAAUCCACUCACAGGGAGCAACGAGGCAGCUCUUCCAGCCUGGAGAGCUACUGCUGCACUGACCCUCCCAUCCGCUCCAGCGGCAGGCAGGGAUCAGCUGCUGGAAACUGAAGACAGGAUCUCAACUGGUGAGGAACAGACAGGGGACAACACCCCAGGCUUGGGGGCUCAUCAGUGGCCUAACUCUGUUGGGGAGCUGCAGACAUCUAUAUGGUGUGACGCGAAGACCCCCGGGCUGUUGGCCAGCCCAAGGACUGCUGGGCAGGUUCCCCCAUGGCUCACAGAACAUGAUGUGCAGACCCUUCGGAUGUUGGCCCAGGGAGAGGUGGUGGGCAAAGCCAGGGUCCCCGCCCAUGGGCAGGUGCUGCAGGUUGGCUUCUCUGCCCAGGGUACCCUUCAGGACAUGUCUCCUCCCAGCUUCAGCCAACUCUGCUCCCAGGGGCUCUGUGGUCUGAUCAAGAGGCCUGGGGACCUGUUCGAAGUCCUUUCCUUCCACGUGGACCGUGUGCUGGGUCUUCGCAGGAGCCUGCCUGCUGUGGCCCGGAGCUUCCACAGUCCCCUGCUGCCCUAUCGCUACAUCGAUGGUGGCAUAAGGCCUGUCAUUUGGUGGGCACCUGACGUGCAGCACCUGGGUGACCCAGAUGAAGACCAGAACUCUCUGGCUUUGGGCUGGCUGCAGUAUCAGGCCCUGCUGGCCCGUGGCUGCAGCGGGCCAGGCCAGGCCUCGUGCCUGGGCAUCCACCGUGGGGAGUGGGCACGCCUGGCACUCUUUGACUUCCUUCUGCAGGUUCAUGACCGCCUGGAUCGCUACUGCUGUGGCUUCGAGCCUGAGCCCUCAGACCCCUGUGUGGAAGAAAGACUCCGAGAGAAAUGCUGGAACCCUGCAGAGCUGCGACUGGUCCACAUCCUGGUUCGGAGCAGCAAUCCAUCUCACCUGGUCUACAUCGAUAAUGCCGGCCACCUUCAGCACCCUGAGGACAAGCUGAACUUUCGGCUGCUAGAAGGCAUUGACGGGUUUCCCGAGUCUGCUGUGCAGGUUCUUGCAUCAGGCUGCCUACAGAAUCUGCUGCUCAAGUCGUUGCAGAUGGACCCAGUGUUCUGGGAGAGCCAAGGUGGAGCCCAGGGGCUGAAGCAGGUCCUGCAGACCCUGGAGCGGCGGGGGCAAGUCCUGCUGGGACACAUCCGGAAGCACAACCUCACACUCUUCAGGGACAAGGACCCGUGAGCCCACGGCUGCCCAGACAGGGCCCAGUUGCUGAUGGACUCCUCACCGCACAACCCUCUGCCAAGGAGCAUCUGUCUGAUGUUCAUAUUUCCUUGGGCUCACCCAUCACCAGGACAAGCAGGAAAAGCCAAAAACCAGAGGGUCACAUGGAUGCCAUGGACUAUUCCAGCUGGCUGGACAGGGGAUGUGUGUUGAAUUUUCAAUCUCUCCACAUUUUUUUCCCUGCCUUCUGGGCUCUGGCUGUUAACCCUGUCGCACAAAUAAACGAGGUUGAUUCUGGCCUGAGAUUUUAAAGCCUAUAAAGACAAAUGCUUUGGUUUUACUAUUCAAUUCCUACCAGUUAUGGGUUUUUUUGUUUGUUUUUUUAAAAGUGAUAAAAGUAAUCAUGUUCACUAAAAUCAAAUCCAUGAAUAAUAGAAGCAAAGAGGACAAUAAGUGAAAGUACCAGAACCUCCCACAAGGAUGUUUGUGUGUAUAUGUUCUUUAAAUACACACUAUGUGCAAAUAAAGAAUUGGAAUUGUGCUUUGCUUUUCAAUCACACUCUUUACUUUUUACUAAAUUCUGUAUUCAUCUGAACUGACCUCAUUUUUAUUGGUGGGUACAUGGAAUUCCAAGGCAGGAAUGUGUCAUAUUUUAUUUAGACAUUCCCAUAAUAAUGAACAUU